CAGAGCGAGCGGCUCGUGUUUCCAUAUUCAUCAUGGCGAGUGUUCCAGCGCCCGCAUCGGCCACGAGCGCUCCAUCUCUCAAGGGUACAGGUGCAGAGGUAUCAAGUAAUGGCCUGUCAGACAGCACUCCCAGCUUCAAGGCAAGUGAGCUGGACAUCGAACUGGUCCAGACCCACAAAACCAAACCGGACCUGGCGGGCCUGGCGUUUGGGACCGCCUUCACGGACCACAUGCUAACGGUGGAGUGGAGCCAGCAGGGCGGCUGGCAGAGACCUCGCAUUCAGCCCUUUGGGAACCUGUCCAUCCACCCGGCCUGCUCCGCCCUGCACUACGCCAUACAGUUGUUUGAGGGAAUGAAGGCGUACAGGGGGCCGGACAACAGAGUGCGUCUCUUCAGACCAGAGCUCAACAUGAAUCGCAUGCUGAAGUCUGCACUUAGAGCCUGUCUGCCGAGUUUUGACAGGGCUGAGCUGCAGGAGUGCAUCAGGAAGUUGGUGGAGGUGGAUCAGGAGUGGGUUCCACACUCAGACGCUGCCAGCCUCUACAUACGCCCCACCUUCCUAGGCACAGAGCCUUCUCUGGGAGUGAAGAGGCCGUCCCAAGCGCUGCUCUACGUGAUCCUCAGUCCGGUGGGCUCCUACUUCACCACCGGGGCCAAGCCCGUGUCCCUGUGGGCCGACUCCAAAUACAUACGCUCCUGGAAAGGAGGCACGGGGGACUGCAAGAUGGGAGGGAACUAUGGCGCCUCCAUCUAUGCUCAGUAUGAAGCAGUGGAUUAUGGGUGCCAGCAGGUCCUCUGGCUGUAUGGGGAUGACCAUCAGAUCACUGAAGUGGGAACCAUGAACCUCUUCCUCUACUGGAAAAAUGAGAAAGGAGAGGAGGAGCUGGCAACACCCCCACUGGAUGGCAUCAUCUUGCCGGGCAUCACUCGACAGAGCAUCCUGGAGCUGGCAGUAAAAUGGAAAGAGUUUAAGGUCUGCGAGCGCUACCUGACCAUGGCGGACCUGCGGUGUGGACUGAAGGAGAACCGGGUCAAGGAAAUGUUCGGUUCUGGUACCGCUUGUGUGGUCAGUCCAGUUGGACGUGUUCUGUACCAGGGAGAGAACUUGCAGAUUCCGUGUCAACAGGAGAACUCCCUGGCCUCCAGGCUUCUGAAGGAGCUGACAGACAUACAGUAUGGCCGCACUCCGAGUGACUGGAGCCUCCUGGUGUAACCUGAGGUUUCUGAACAUGGGAAAGGUGGACCUCGCCGUUGUGGGACGAGGACGCACUCACAGUAACGGACAAACAGACAAGUGAAUCUGCGAGGAUCCGCACACACGCACAAACACAUACACACACACACACACGCGCGCACACACACACACACACACACACACACACACACACACACACACACACACACACACACACACAGGCACAAACUCAUACUUACCAAAAUGAAGUAUUUCUCUGUUCAUGCAUUGUUGUGUUAAAGUACCAUUGGGAACUAGC